AUGUGGACCCACCUGUACUCUACCUUCGUGGACCUGACGAAAGCCUUCGACACGGUGAAUCGUGAAGGACUGCGGCAGAUCAUGCAGAAAUUCGGCUUUCCGGUGCGAUUCACUAAGAUGGUGCGUCAGCUGCACGACGGUAUGAUGGCGCGAGUCACGGACAACGGAGCUGUCUCUGAGGCAUUCGCAGUGACCGACGGAGUAAAGCGGGGAUGCGUACUGGCGCCCACCCUCUUCAGUCCUAUGUUCUCUGCCAUGCUGUUGGACGUCUACCGUGAUGAACUGCCGAGGAUCCGCAUCGCCUACAGGAUGGAUGAUCACCUUCUGAAUCAACGACGGAUGCACUUCCAGUCACGUGUAUCCAGAACCACCGCUCACUAA